UUUCAAAAUGCACAGGAGCCAAGAAGAAAUGCUGAAACAUUACAAAGUUAUUCAUCUGCAUAGUUCCGAAGACGCGAUCCGAGUUGAGCGAGAGAUCUUCAUCUGCGAUAUUUGCAACCAGAUAUUCUUCCACAAGCAGAUGCUUCUCGUCCACAUAAAAUACUCCCACAUACGGCUCGACAAUCAAAAUCCAAGUAAUCAAGUCGAAUGCCCGAUAUGUCUGAAAAAAAUCAAACUCAGGGCGGUAUGGUUUCAUUUUCAAACGCAUAAUGUCCAAAGUGUGUCAGCUUGCCGGAUAUGCUACACAAAAUGCAAAGACAGACCUCAUUUGAUAGAGCACGCGAAAAAACAUCCCAAAUAUCUUUUAUGCACGAUGUGUCAAUACGAAGCGAAGAGUGACCUUCUGUUCAAGCACCACAUUAUAACCAAGCACAAAAGUACAAAUAAAGUAUUCUAUGCGUAUUACAAGAAGUGUUUCAUGGCUCCAGUGAAGGAUUUAGUGUUGAAUAAGAUCUGUGGGUUUCGUGGUCUGGUGUUAACAAACGGUGUUCAUAUUUGUGUGUUGUGUAGAGAAAUUGGGACGGAGGAGGAUUGUAUGAUGAAGCAUGUGUCCGUUGAACACAAUAUCUGUGCGGAGAAGGAGGUGAUUAACCACCGCUGUUUAUGCGGGGAGGUGUUCCUUAAUAAGAUACUGCUGAAACAUCAUGUGUUUAAAAUGAAAGACGGACACGGUGUCACACGAUAGGGUAGAUUAAGAGUACUACAGCUUUUAUGACAAUAAGGGAUGAGGUGAGCAGGACGCUCAGAUGAUGAUGGUAAUUAAUACACUGUGUCCAUUACUUCUUGAAAAACCCAAAAACUCUGAAUGGCACUACAAUUGGACUCGUCACCUUGAGACAUAAGAUGUUAAGUCUCAUUUGCGUAGUAAUUUCGCUAGCUACGGCGCCCUUCAGACCGAAACACAAUAAUUCUUACACAUUACUGCUUCAUGACCAAGUACCAAUAAUCUAGCUGGCAUCAUGUGCAAAGCCCUUCACUGGUAAAGUUAAGCUUAAUUUGUAGAUAGGUUUAAAUGUGUGAAAUAGCAUAGAGACUCUAGCUAUACUCAAGUACGCAAUAUUUGACUA